AUGUCGGUGCCAGGGCUGAACUUCAACUUGAUGGAUCAACUGACAUUCUACGGCAGCUACCACACCCGUGGAUGGAACCAGUGCAUCCACUUUGUCUUUGUCCCACUGAUUCACUGGACCAUCACCGUCUGGCUAGCCUAUGCUCCCUUGCCUACUUCUUUUGACCUGCCAGCCCACCUGAACUUCCUGCCACCAGUCAUCUCCAGGUGUGAGUCUGAACUGACGCCAUUGUGCCUGUGCAGUGCUGCGGUGCUCAAUUGGGGCCUAUUGGUGCUUAUCCUGUAUGCCCUCUACUACAUGAUUCUGGAGCCCUUUGCUGGCACCACUUGGGGCAUCCUCCUGGGCAUCCCCAUGUGGCUCACGGCCACUGCCUUUGCGCAGCAUGUGCCUUAUGCCUGGGCUUGGGCCAUCGGCCUCCACAUUCUCUCCUGGUACCUGCAGGCGAGUCCUCAGCUUGAUGAGGCAUUGUUGUGCUGGACACAGGUGGAGGUGGGCCACAUCUUGAUUGAGCAUCGCAAGCCAGCCUUGCUGGACAGCUUCAUGCAGAGCCUAGUCCUGGCAGGGCUGUUCGCAUGGAUGGAGGGCCUCUUUGUGCUGGGCUACCGGCCCAAGCUGCACGCCGAACUGGUGAGGCGAGUGGAGGAGAAUAUUGCGCGCAACAAGGCAGAGACAGAGGGGCUUCUCACAGGCUGA